AUGGUUAAUCAAAUUUAUAAACUUUCUAAGCAACUGGGUGAACUACUCCAGUUACGUCAAUUACAAUUGACCACAGCUGAAUCUUGCACCGGCGGUCAAUUGGCAGAAACCAUUACCAUGAUACCAGGCAGCUCAGGUUGGUUCGAACGUGGCUUUGUCACCUAUUCCAAUCUUUCAAAGCAGCAAAUGCUGGGUGUGCACGAUAACACCCUGAAUAUCUAUGGUCCGGUUAGUGAACAAACUGCUAGGGAAAUGGCACAAGGCGCUUUAACGCAUAGCGCAGCUGAUAUCAGUGUUGCCGUAACCGGAAUUGCGGGACCCGGAGGGGAAGCGGGGAAGCCACAAGGCACCGUAUGGUUUGCUUGGGCUCGUAAAGGAUUUGAUAUCCAAACCCAUUUAAAAACCUUUAACGGUGAUCGUUUAUUUAUACGCGAGCAAGCUGUGGAAUUUGCUUUGCAAGAAUUAAUUAAAUUGUUAUUAAACCAUUAA